AUGCUAAAAGAAGAAAUAGAAGAAAAAAAUAAUUCUUUCUGCUAUUUAAACGUUAGUGAUGAUAUAUAUGAAUUGGUUAAAAAUUAUGGAGGCAAAAAAAAAAAUGACAAUAUUACUGAUUCUAAUUUAAAAGAAGGAUACAAAAAAAAAAAUGACAAUAUUACUGAUUCUAAUUUAACAGAAGGAUACAAAAAAAAAUGUAUACUGAAAUCAAAUAAGAAUGAUCAAAAUGACAAUAAAAAAAAAAUAAUAAAAUGCAAUUUUUUAUCUGAAAAUGAUAAGCUAUAUAUUCUAGAAAAUUUAAAGAAAAUUAAUUUGACAAAAAACUCAAAUUUUGAAAAUAUUACAAAAAAAUCAAAUUUAUUUCGUUGCCAUUCUUUCUGUGUUGAUAAAAUGGAAAAUAUAAAUAUAAUUAAAAGAAAUGAAAUGUCUAAAAAUGAAAAAAUUACUUUAAAACAAAAAAACACAAAAUUAAAUGAAAAAAAAGAAACUUUCAUAAAAGAAAAGAAAAUUACUAAUGAAAAGAUUCAAAACUUAACAAAAGAAAAUAGAAAUGAUAAUGUAAAAAAAGACCUAAAAGAAAUUUCUAAAAAAAAUUCAGAUAAUGCAAAUAAAGAAUUUAACUUAAAAUCAUUUUACCAUAAAAACAGCAAAACACAACUUACUUAUAAUAGAAUUAAUAAAAAUUCAAAUAAAUUAAAUUUUUAUAUUAAUAAAAAAUACACUAAUAUUUUAAAUGAAAAUAAAAAAGAUGUUUUAAAUAAAAAUGAAAUGUAUUGUGAUGGAGAAAUAUUAAAAGAAACAAAAAAAAACAUUCGUUCAGAAAAUUAUUCUCUUAAUGGGAUAAGUAAUAAUCAAAAAAAUAGUGAAGCAAAAAUUAUUUCAAAAAAAAAUGCACCACUAAAUGAAAGAACUAUUUCAAACUAUGAAACAAAAAAAAGAGACAACAUAAAAAUGAAUAAAACAAAAAAGGAAAACUCUGAAAAAAGUACUUUAAACUUAGAAUGUUUUUCUGAUUUUCAAAAAAAAAUUAAUAACAAUUAUGAUUAUAGCAAAUUGGGAUUAGGUAACAAUUUAUUAUUAAAAGAUAAAUAUAAAAAAAAUGAAUGUCUCUUUUUAUCAGAAAAAAUGAAUUCAAGUAAUUUGUUUAAUAAUUAUUGUUCUUUAAAUAAUUCAUUAAAACUUACGGUUUCUUCUUCAUCAAAUAUAAUUUCUUCUAUUUCUUCUUAUGAUAAAAAAAUAAGAAAUGUUAGUGAAAAUAUAAAAAAAGAUACUUUACAAGGAGAAAAAACAAAAAAAAAUUUUCUUCAUUCAAAAUGUGAACAUAGAAAAUAUAUAAAAGAAUCUUGUGGUGAUUGUAAAGAAAGAAAAAUAAAAAGAAAAGAUAAAAUAAAAAAAAUAGACAAAAAAGAAAAGGAGAACAUACAAAAAACGAAAAAAUGUGAAAAAGAAAAAAAAAAUAAUAAAAUAAUUAAUUAUAACAAUAAUAAUAAUAUUAAUGAUUACAAUUUAAAAAAUAUACAUAAAAAAAAUAGUGUAAGUAAUAUUUCUUUUAUUUCAAAAAAAAGUGAAUCAAAUAAAAAUUGUUCCAGUAUAAAUAUAUGCAAACAAAAAAAAAGGAUAGUAGAAAUUAAUAUAAUCUAUCAUAUAAUAAGAUAUAAGAAAAUGCUCAAAAAAAUAAAAAAAGAUAUAUUGACAACCAUAAAGAAUAUAACAGAAGAAAAUAAAGUGAAAUUACCAGAAUAUUUUAAUACAAAAAAGUAUUUUAUGAAAUUUUUAAAAAAGUUGAAGCAAUUUUUAAAAAAAAAAAUUGAUGAAAUAAAACGACUAAAUACAUUUGAAAAGAAAAACAGUAUUUAUGAAAUAUUUCUAAGCGAUAAGAAAAACACUUUAUUAUUAAAAAAGUAUUUAAAAAAGAAAAAAAUUUUAUCAAAAUAUUUAAACAGAUAUAUUUCCAAAAAAAAUUCAUCCAAUUAUAAUUUUAAUUGUAGUAGUGAAAAAUUAGCCAAUUUAAAUUAUUAUCAAAAUUUAAUAAAAUUAAAAAAGACACUAUUAAUGAAAAGCAAAACUAAUAAAUUAUUUAAUAAAAUUAAUGAAAAAAAUAAUAUUAAAGAUAAUAAUAAUAAAUUAUUAAAAUUUGAAAAUAAACAUUUCACAAAGAAAAAUAAAGAUAGGAUAAAAAAAAAUUCUAAUGAGUGUAAAAAAGAGAAUUGUAAAAUUUUUGAUAUUUAUGAAGAAAAAAAAAUAUUUCCUAAAGAUAUAAUACAUGAAGAGAAUUAUAAUGAAAAAUAUUAUGGAGAUUUUAACAAAAAUAAGAUUGAUUAUAAAAACAUUCCUAUAUCUCCUUUAUAUUUAACAAAAGAUAACAAUAAUUAUUCAAACAGUUUAUCAAAUUCUAGAAAAAUAGAAUCAAGUAAUUCUUUAUCAAUACUAAAUGGUAAACAAAACAUCAAUAGUAACGAUGUAACAACUUUAGAAGACAUUAGAAGAAAUGAUAUUGUAAAAAGAAAAAUCAGUAAAGUAAAAAAUGAAAUCAAAGAAAAUAUAAAUUUAAUAAAUGAGGUUAAUAAUAAAUUAAAUAAUGAAAUCAAAGAAAAUAAUGAUUUAAUAAAUGAAUUCAAUAAUAAUUUAAAAAACGAUAUAAAAGAAGAUAAUCGUUUUAAAAAUAUAAUAAAGGAAGGUAAAAAUUUAAAGAAUGAAAUAAAAAAAGAUAAUUUAAAAAAUGAUGUAAAAGACAAUCGUUUGAAAAAUGAAGUAAAAAAAAAUAAUUAUCCAAAAAAUGAAAUAGGGGAAAAUAUCGUUUUAAAAAAUGAAAUAGGGGAAGAUAUCAUUUUAAAAAAUGAAAUAGAGGAAGGCAUCAUUUUAAAAAAUGAAAUAGAGGAAGGCAUCAUUUUAAAAAAUGAAAUAAAAGAAAAUAAUUAUUUGGAAAACAAUACAAAAGAAAACACUAAGUUGAAAAAUACAAUGACUGAAAACAGAAUAAAAGGAGAUAGUAAAUUAAGAAAUGUAAGUAUGGAGAAUAACGUUCAUAUCAAUUAUUUAGAAGAAAUGAAUAAAAACAAAAUAAAUAAAAAAAUGAAUGAAAAUAUUAAUAAAACAUUUAAUGAUACUCUUAAAAUGAGUAUUUAUGAUAAAUCAUUUAAUAAUUUUAUAAGUAAUUAUAAUAGAAUACUUCAUUUUAAAAAAUGCAAUAAUUACUAUCAAAAUAGCAGUAGAAAGACCUAUAAUAGUAUAAUUAAUUUUUCAAAUGUUGAUAAUAUUAAAAUUAAUAUAAUCAAUCAAAAUUUUCAGAACUUAUUACAAAAUAGUUUUUAUAUAAACGAAAAUGAAAAAAAGUAUAAUAAUAGCUGUAAAAUAAAAGUCUAUAAAAAAAAUGAGUCUAGAAAUUGUAAUGAUGAAAAUAUAUUAAAUACAAAAAUUAGAAUAAUAAAAAAUAAUAAGAAAUUUUUAUGUGAUAAUGAGAGUUUUUAUGAAAAUAAUUUACAUAAAGUAAAACUUAUUAAGGGAGAUGAAUAUAAUAUAGUUAAUAAUAUUAAAAAAAAAAUUUAUAGAAAUUAUAAUUCGGCAGUAUUUUUUUUUAAAAAGCAACUUUACAAAACGAAUUUAUUAAUUCAUAAAAAUAAAAGAAACUUUUUUAAAAAUAAAUAUUUAUAUAAUUUUCAACAAAAAAUUAGAUAUCCUUUUGAUAAUUUAAGAAAAGUGAAAGUACCACUUUUUUUCUCAUACAACAAAAUAAAUAAUUUUAACAAUAAUAAUCAAAAUGAAAAAAAACAUCAAAAUUUAAAUGAAUUAUAUUGCAAUGAAAAUAAUUUAAAUGAAAAAGAAAAAAUAAACUCACAUAAAAUGACCAAGUAUCAAGUAAAAAGAAAAAUGUUUAGAAGACGAAAGAAAAGAUAA